GUCGAAGUUUAUAACUUUAUCUGUGACGAAUGUCUCAACACGAAAUACUGCUGAUGAGACGUCUACACGCCUCCAGUAUUUGACAAUAAGAAUUCUAUUUUUAGAACAUCAAUACUGUUGGUAUACAAAAGGUCAUCCGUAUCGAUAACAACAUUUGUUUUGGGCCGACCGGCAGUGAAGGUAGAAAUUCCGGAGUCCGAAGGUAAAAGUUUGAAGAGCAAUCAGUUGUCGGAGUCGGAACUCGGCAUGCAUCAAACGCUCACCGGAGGAGCAGAAUAGAGUGACGUAAGUGAGCGGUGUGUAUUCGGCCAGGCUUUUCGGCGGGGCCCCCACCAUUACGUUUUGUUUACAAGAGCGACGCCUCAGCGCCGGCACUCGCAGCCGGUCAGCACGCGGGACGCGACGCUCGCGACGCUACAACACUACCGCUAAUAACCUCCUUACUAACCAUUGAUAAGUGAUGCCCCCCAAGUGUUGAGGCCCCCGAGGACACACUACCGGUUCCGAAGUCAUCGCAGAAAAAACUGGAGCUAUUAUAAACUAUUCGGUUCACAUUAGAUCAUAUCCGCGAAAUUGACGUGUAACCAGUGUGUGCUAAGGACCUGCAUAUCGCCGAAAAUUAUCGGCGAACGUUGUCCCUACUGUAUCAUCAGCGGGUGGGGAGGCGGGUCCCCCGGGCCCGGCGGCCGAGGACGCCGACAUGAAAGGCGUCGAAGCUACACCAGAAGAACAAGAACGUCUAGCGACAGGAAACAACAAUGGAUCUCUUGACUGCAAACACACGGUUGCACACCCGCAGCCGCACCGCGAGCGCUCCGUGUUCGCGUCGACGCGGGUCUUCAUGCUGGUGUUCCUGUCCGGCUGGGUGCUCCAGGGCAUGUUCCUCACGUAUUUCGUUAGUGUGACAACGACUGUAGAAAAGCUGUUCAAAGUGGAGUCGAAGACGACAGGAACUUUAUUAGCAGCGACAGAAAUCGGUCAGAUAUGUACAGCGCUAUUCCUGACGUACCUGGCGGGUCGAGGGCACCGGCCGCGCUGGAUCGCGUGCAUGAUGCUGGUGCUGGCGGUGGGCGUGAUCGGCUGCGUGGUGCCGCACAUGAUGUACGGCACGCAGCUACUUGACGUGCAUUUGGACGGACAUCGCGCCGGCGCCGCGCCCGUCUGCUACUCCUUCCAGAACUCAUCUGACUUAUGUGACGCUGCGCACGUCAAGAGCUCUACGACGCGCACGUCUAUCACGGCCGUGGUGAUCCCAUGGCUGUUCAUCUGCCUACUGGUGGUGGGCGUCGGACAGACCGGCAUCGCCACGCUGGGCAUCCCGUACGUCGACGAUAAUGUCGGCAGCAAGCAGUCGCCACUUUAUAUGGCUAUUACCAUCGGCAUCAGGGUGAUUGGGCCAGCUCUCGGGUUUCUUCUGGGAGCGCUAUGCACGAGGGUCUAUGUAAACCCUCUGAGUUCGCCCGACAUCGAAGCCAGUGACCCGAAAUGGGUUGGAGCGUGGUGGUUGGGUAUGGUGUUUAUAGCGGGCUUCAUCGUGCUGCUCUCAACUCUGAUGUUCUGCUUCCCAAGGCAAAUCAGACAGGAGCCUGUGCCCAUGCCGCCCAAGAAGAUAAAGGAUAAGAAUGAACCAUUCUUUAAAGAUUUCUUCGCAACAAUAAAACGGCAGCUGACAAACGACAUUCUGAUGUGGCGAACAGCGAGUUCAGUGCUACAUCUGAUGCCCAUCAGUGGGGUGUACAGCUUCUUGCCCAAAUACCUGGAGAAGCAGUUCCGGCUGCCCACGCACGACGCCAACCUUGUCUCGGGUCUGGGUGGUAUCCUAGUAAUGGGUUUGGGCACGAUCACGUCUGGUGUGGUGAUAUUGAAGCUAGUGCCGACUGCGCGACAAGUAGCCGCGUGGACGGCGGCCAGUGCUGCUAUCUAUAGUGCUGGUAUGGUAGUCCUAAUGUUCGUCAGCUGUCCUGAAGAGAACUACCGCAUGAUCAGCGAGAGCGGCAGCAUCGCCAACAGCAGCAUGGAGUGCAGCAGCGGCUGUUACUGCGACGAUGUGCCCUUCAAUCCUGUUUGUGGACAGGACUCGUUCACAUACCUAUCUCCGUGCCAGGCGGGUUGCCUGGGCAGCACGCAGCUGGACAACAGCACGUGGCUGUACUACAACUGCUCGUGCAUCGACGGCAAUGCGCGCGGAGAGAAGGCUGUUAACACCAUCGAGCGCUACUCCCUGUACGACAGCAUGGUGGACUCAUCAGGCAGCCUCCUCUCCCGCUCGCUCGGCUUCGCCGUCAGCGGCGAGUGCGGCGGCCCGUGCAACCAGAUCUACGUGUUCAUAGCCGUGUUCGCUGCCGUCAUGUUCGUGCAUGCCAGUGGGGAGGUCGGCGCUGUGCUGUUGAUUAUACGGUGUACUGAUAAACAAGACAAAGCGAUGGCGAUGGGCGUGAUCCAGUUUGCCAUAGGAGUGUUCGGCAACGUGCCGUGCCCCAUCGUGUUCGGCGCCGCCGUGGACGCGGCGUGUCGUGCCCGCGACGCGCUGUGCGGCAUGCUCGGCGCCUGCGCCUCGUACGAUAACGAUAGCUUCAGACAUCUGUAUUUAGGGCUAUCAGCAACCCUAAUGUUCCUAGCAUUCAUAAUGGACCUCCUAGUAUGGAGCAAGGCGGGUCGCAUCGAUAUGAACCCCGCGGACGCCUGCCCCGCGCCCGACGCCGCCCCCCUCGCCCCGCUCGCCGCCCCACCCACUCGCCCCGACACGCAGCUCUGACGCACUGAGACUAGCUACGAGUCACACUUCUGACUCCAGCCUACAGCGAAGGUUCUAUCUACGGAUUGUAGUAAACGAUCCAUCCUUUGUUUUGCGAUUGGAUAUUGAAAUUUGACAUUGACAUGAAGCUAAUGUCAAAAUUCGAUCUCUAAUUGAAAAACAAAAGAUGGAUCGGUGAUUGAAAUCUACAGUAAAUAAGCUACAUUGUUGAAGUAGAGGCGUCGUUUGAAUUUCGAACUUUAUUUUCGGUGUAAGUUUUUUUUUUUUAUAAAAAUGGUCGUGGUUUUCGUGUUUGAAUGUAGAAUACACGCAAUGAGUACUGUUCGCAGUUUAAAUCUAUCAAAAAGGUUUGUUCGAAUUUUCUACAGUCGUUUGAAUUUAAACUUUACGUAGAGGAAAUAAAGUUCGAAAUUGGAAAAAUGCUGCCGACAAUUUUGACAGUGCACUUGAGAAAAUAUUUUUGUAAUAAGGCACCUUAUUUCCACGUGUUGUGGUCCAAAUUACAAUAAACUAGGAUACUAAGUCCUCAACAGUGAAAUUUAAACCUUACGCGUAAGUAAUUAAGUCUGAAACACAACGACACGCAUGGAUAUGUUUGUCUAUAUGUAAGUUUGAUACCCAGUGAUACGGUCCGGACGGGAUCCAGUCUAUUAGGAGCUUUAGGCAAUUGUGAAUCUUAUAUUUUAAUAGUUAUGGUUGAAAAUUGAUUGAGAGGAUCUGAGUCGUAUUUUAACAAAAGGUUAGAUGUAACGACAUACAAAAUAUAAUAAUUAAAACCAACUUUUAAGUUUGGAGGUGGUAUCUUAAUUACAUUUUUGAUGAAUGUAUUUGUGUGCGUGUGAAAGCUACAAAUCGGCUUGACCGCCAUUUAUGAGCCAUAUAAGUAGAAAAAAAAAACAGUGCAUGCGUUACUUUAUAAUCGGACAUUUAGAUACUAUUUGUAUAUACAAUAUUAAUUUACAAACUACCAAUAUUUUGGUUAUUUAUUAGAAUCUUGCUAAUUCUACCUUUUUAGUAAAUACCAGUGUUUUUGUUCAAACUUGUACGGUUUAUGGCAACACUUCAACGUGACUGAGCAAUGAAAUAGUUUUUAUUGUGCAUUUUAUUUUGUAUCUAUGCAUUUUAUACACUAGUUACUUUACUGAAUAAGUAUGUGCUCAAUUUUGUAAACAUAAUAAAAAAGUAAUGAAACUAGAAAUCGAUUCAGGCAUAAUAAUAUACACUUGUA